AAAGAAAGUCGCAAGCAACUUGAUCCAAUUAGUAAAUGCCUAAUUGAAUUAGUGUCACCUGCAUCAGCCAAUAAGGAGGGUCCCCGAGCUGUGGGGCUGCGAAGCCCCUCCCAGGCCCCAUGUAUAUAAAGCAGCCAGUGACAGCCUGCAAGUUUCCAAGUGGUCAGCUACACCAACGGUUUGGCAAUUGAGAUAGGGCAGAAAGGCGCGGGCUGGGGGUGGAUGAGGACAAAGAUCCCGGGCGUGAGUGUGGGACUCCUGAGAGGCAAGAGGGGAGGGGGAGGGAGAGAGUACUUCUCGGUCAGUUUCCACCUCCUGCCUUCAAACUCUGUGCGCUUUCCAAACGGAAAGAACGCUGCACUGAGGGCGCACGGGUGCGCACUGUAGCGGCCCGCGAGUCGGCAGGUGGGUAGCCCGGGCGCGGGAGGAAGGGGAAGUUACCUUCCCCUCGGAAGGGGGCGCUGGCUCCCCCCAUCCUGCCUUUAUAAUAAGGCCACCAGAGGAGAGGAAGCAGCCAGCUGCCGUCUGCUCUCUGCAAAGCAUGCAGUUAGGGGAGCAGCUCCUGGUGAGCUCCGUGAACCUGCCCAGCGCGCACUUCUACCCGCUGGAGAGUGCGCGCGGCGGCGGCGGCGGCGGCGGCGGCGGUGGCGGCGGGGGUGGCGGGGGGAGCGCAGGCCACCUCCCGGGCGCGGCGCCCUCGCCUCAGAGGCUGGACUUAGACAAAGCGCCCAAGAAGUUCUCAGGCAGUCUCUCGUGCGAGGUGGGAAACGGGGAGCCCGCAGCCGCCAGCGCGGGGCCCCCCGCGGCCAUGCUCAGUGACGCCGACGCCGGGGACGCCUUUGCCAGAGCCGCGGCCGUGGCCAAGCCCGGGCCCCCGGACGGCCGCAAGGGCUCCCCCUGCGGAGAGGAGGAGCUGCCCUCCGCCGCUGCCGCCGCCGCAGCCGCCGCUGCCGCCGCUGCUGCCACCGCGCGCUACUCCAUGGACAGCCUGAGUUCGGAGCUUUAUGAAAUCAGAAUCCCCGGGCCACAGGUCGAAGAGCAAUUCGCGCUGGCUCGCUUCUUUAUUUUGCAUGCGGCAUCAGCCUGUGGACGCGGAUCAGUAGACCCGGUUCCCAAGGGGGGUCAACCAUUAUGGGUAUAUGUUGCUUCCGCCGGAUUCCUUGUGGCUGUGUGCCCACCCGGGAGGGCGCAGUUCGGCCCGGGAGCCGGCCCCGGCAGUGGCUCCGGGGGUGGCGGCGGCGGCGGCGGCGGCGGGGGCAGCGGCCCGGGUGCCUAUCAGUACGGCCAGGGGGCUCCGAUCUAUGGGCCCUACCCUGGGGCGGCGGCGGCGGGAUCUUGCGGAGGAUUAGGGGGCCUCGGGGUUCCCGCUUCCGGCUUCCGCGCCCACGUCUACCUGUGCAACCGGCCACUGUGGCUCAAAUUCCACCGUCACCAAACUGAGAUGAUCAUUACGAAACAGGGCAGGCGCAUGUUUCCAUUCUUGAGCUUCAACAUAAACGGACUCAAUCCCACCGCCCACUACAACGUGUUCGUAGAGGUGGUGCUGGCCGACCCCAACCACUGGCGCUUCCAGGGUGGCAAGUGGGUGACCUGCGGCAAGGCCGACAAUAACAUGCAGGGCAACAAAAUGUAUGUUCACCCAGAGUCUCCUAAUACCGGUUCCCACUGGAUGAGACAGGAGAUUUCCUUUGGGAAAUUAAAACUCACCAAUAACAAAGGCGCAAAUAACAACAACACCCAGAUGAUAGUCUUACAGUCUCUGCACAAAUACCAACCCCGGCUGCACAUCGUUGAAGUGACAGAGGAUGGCGUGGAGGAUUUGAAUGAACCCUCCAAGACUCAGACCUUCACCUUCUCAGAAACACAGUUCAUCGCCGUGACUGCCUACCAAAACACUGACAUUACCCAACUGAAGAUUGAUCAUAACCCCUUUGCGAAAGGCUUCAGGGACAACUAUGAUUCCAUGUACACCGCUUCAGAAAAUGACAGGUUAACUCCAUCUCCCACGGAUUCUCCUAGAUCCCAUCAGAUUGUCCCCGGAGGUCGGUACGGCGUUCAGUCCUUCUUCCCGGAGCCCUUUGUCAACACUUUACCUCAAGCCCGAUAUUAUAAUGGCGAGAGAACCGUGCCACAGACCAACGGCCUCCUUUCACCCCAACAGAGCGAAGAGGUGGCCAACCCUCCCCAGCGGUGGCUUGUCACGCCUGUCCAGCAGCCUGGGACCAACAAACUAGACAUCAGUUCCUAUGAACCUGAGUACUCCUCCAGCACCUUGCUCCCAUAUGGUAUUAAGUCCUUGCCCCUCCAGACGUCCCAUGCCCUGGGGUAUUACCCUGACCCAACCUUCCCUGCAAUGGCAGGGUGGGGAGGGCGUGGUUCUUACCAGAGGAAGAUGGCGGCCGGACUACCAUGGACCUCCAGAACGAGCCCCCCUGUGUUCCCCGAAGAUCCGCUGGCCAAGGACAAAGUCAAGGAAGAAAUGGGAUCUUCCUGGAUAGAGACACCCCCUUCCAUCAAGUCUCUAGAUUCCAGUGAUUCGGGGGUGUACACCAGUGCUUGUAAGCGAAGGCGGCUGUCUCCCAGCACCUCCAGUAACGAGAAUUCUCCCUCCAUAAAGUGUGAGGACAUUAACGCCGAAGAGUACAGCAAAGACACCUCGAAAGGCAUGGGGGGUUAUUAUGCGUUUUACACGACGCCCUAAAGAGUGGUCGUCACCUCGGGACAGUGGACUUUUCUGCAGACGGACUUGGUGGUGUCUUUUGCUGUCUUCUUUGCCUAGGUUGCCAAAAAGACGCUUGCCUUCUACCUUGAUGCAUCCUGUUUUGUGCAAUUGUCUCAAAGAAGGUGCCAAAGCUUUUUGAUUGCUGCAGGUAACUGAAGCAAACCUAGCAUUUUUCUUUUUUAAAAUAAAGCUAAUGGAGGACUUGAAACUGUUUUUAAACAUUGAAGGUUAUUCGAGGCUCUGGAUUUAUUUAUUGGAGACACUAACCAUUCAGAGAAGCAGGCUGUGAAGACGGGGUGCCCAGCACUAUUAAACGAGUUAAGACCUCGGAUUCCCAUUUCUGUUGGUAAGCCUUUUAGGCAAAUACAAGCCCAGAGGGUGAUGGUGUUUUGCUUCUGGGAGAGCUGAGGUGAUGGAAGUUUUGCUCUUACCUUCUGCCAGGGGCAAAAGAUGCUGAGCCUGGGAGUUCAGAAAAACUUGUGAAAAGUGCUGGUCUUCCCUUGCCUUGGAUUCCUUGCAGGCUUCUGGAACAAGCCAUGUUUGUGCUGGUGGGAGAUUGCCUCCCUGGAGACUCCAGGCCUCUGCCUUGGCCUGUGCUGGGGGCAGCCAGAAGGAAGUAGGAGAAGGGAAGGGAGGGAGUGGCCAAAAAGGAAAUUUUUUUUUUAAAGUGUACAGUUGUGUGUGGUUAGAUAGACUGUAGAAUAAUGUGGAAUAUAUUGUACAACUAGUCUACAUAGGUGUCUGAGACUAUGUAAAAUUGGUGCUUUGGCUGUGUAAAGAAUUUGCGAAUCACCUAACUGCAGCUGCAGGGGCAAGGGGGUCGGUGGGUCAUCACCCCCAGUGAAAUCUGGGAAUAUUCUGUUUGCUUCUUAGAUAGUUAAGACUGUAACUCAGCUACUCUGUACUAACCUGAAACGUGUUUAAGGAAAACUCCCUCCUCAUCCUCUGCCUCCGCCAUCCCCACCCACCAACUCGGUAACGUGAAGAAAUGAAACCCCGCUGCCACAGCUCCUAUAGGCUUUUUAGAGACCUCGGAUUUUUAUGUACAGCCUUAGUCAUUUUUAAUAAAUGUGGUUCAGUAAGGGA